AUGACGAUGGUGCUGGAUGCAUUUGCAUCCUACCUGGGGGACUUGCUCAAGCAGGUGGUAGAGGAAGAGCUGGGAACAAUGUUGGGAGUCUCUGGCGAGAUCGACAAGUUGGGCGACAAGUUCCAGGACCUCAAGAACUUCCUCGCUGACUCUGAUAGGAGGAACAUCACCGACGAGACUGUCCAAGAGUGGGUGGGGCAGCUCAAGCGGGCCAUGUAUGAAGCUGCUGACAUCCUCGACCUUUGCCAGCUCAAGGCCAUGGAGCGUGGACCAUCCACCGUAGAUGCAGGGUGUUUUAAUCCCUUGCUUUUCUGCAUGCGCAAUCCCUUCCAUGCUCAUGAGAUCGGCACCCAUAUCAAGGCUCUCAACCAGAGGCUUGACUCCAUCAAGAAGCGCAGUGCUGCUUUCAACUUUAUUAAUCUCAGGUCCUAUGAGGAUCAUAGCCGUCAUGAUAACCUUAGCCGGGAGACGAUAGGGGACUUUGACCAGUCGGCUGUAGUUGGGGACAAGAUUGAAGAAGACACAAGAGCACUAGUGGCCCAGAUCAUGCAAACCGGAAAGGAGGUCAAUGAUGACAUCAUGGUGGUUGCCAUCGUAGGUGCCGGCGGGAUUGGCAAGACCACCCUCGCGCAGAAGGUUUUCAAUGAUGAGACCAUCCAAGGUGAGUUCAGUAAAAAGUUAUGGUUAAGCAUCAACCAAAACUUCAGUGAUGUUGAGCUGCUGAGAAGAGCCAUCAUCGAAGCCAGAGGAGACCACUCAUCAGCUGGGAAUGUAAAGGCCAUGCUUCACCAAACCCUCAAGGACACCUUGAUUGGCCAGAAGACUUUACUCAUAAUGGAUGAUGUCUGGGACCAUGGAGCAUGGGAGAAUGUGCUCAAAAUACCCUUUGUCAAUGCUGCUGCUUCGGGAAGCAGAGUUCUUAUCACCACUAGAGAUGAAGGUGUAGCUCGAAAAAUGGUGGCCAUAUGGCCCUACCACCAUGUUAACACAUUAUUGCCUGAAGAUGCUUGGUCAUUGCUCAAGAGGCAGGUACUCUCAAGUAGAUAG